CUUUUAUGUUUCUUAUAGCAUUUUAGUUUUGUAUUGUUUGUAGUGUGAUCAACGUUUGCGUAAGUACUAGUAGACGUUAGGGAAAUAACACGUAACAUUUAAUUAUACUUUGAUAAAAUGAAUGAAAUGACUCGGAAAAAAGAUUUGUUCAUUUUACUGAACACGACUCAAAGGUCUGAGUCGCUAAAAUGAUCUGAACUUCCCAUCACUAGUGAAUUCAGCGCGCCUUGCAUUCAAUUAAAGGGGUCAUAUGAUGGAAAUGGAAAGAGGUUUGCAUAACUGAGCUAAGGAAAGAGGUCUGUAGCCUACUAGUACUGCAAACAAUAAAUUUUUUUGUUAUACAGUAAACAGGUUGUGUGUGUGAGAUCAUGAAGACUUGAAUUCUGCAUAUUAUGUUGGCAUAUAAAUCGCCCCUGUCCUACACUAAGGGUUUUUAAACACAAGCUUAAGGAACACUUCAUUGCAUUAGCAUUUACUGGGGAAUAGACAUUUCUUUGUAUAUUAAAAUUGUGGAGUUUAUUUCACUCUCAUUUUAUUUGUGGUUUAUGUGUUGCGUUCUAUGUUUGAGACUGUUUUAUUAUGUGUUUACAUAUUUUACUGCACUUUGGUCAAUGGUUGGUUGUCAAGUGCUCAGUUAAUAAAUAAAAGAAAGAAGAGAGAUAAAAGAAAGGAGUCGUUUACUCAGGCUCGCCCAGGAAAAGCACACAAGAGCACCAGAAGUCAAACAAAAGCACGUCACGAACACGUCGCCGUCUUCUUUUGUGGUUUGAAAAAAGAAGGGCAUUAGGCACUAGAAAAAGAACGAGGAGAUAGUCACUACUGAGGAAUUCUCAGCUUGAUCCAUCCCUGAGUAAAUACAUUCUAGCAUUCAGUUUAUUGUUACAGAUGAAAAAUGGGAAUGAAGCAGCAGUUUCAGUGUUUCUGUCUUUUGGGAGUAGUAUUCAUCACGUUCUUCAUAAUUUGCUGGGAUGUAAGAAGAUAUAGUACUUUUUACCUGCAAAUGGCUCCACAAACUGAUGUCACACACCUCAAAAUGCAUCAAGAACAUCGUAGACGUAUUAUAAGAGAGUUUUGCUCGGCCAACAGUAGCCUGAAUUUUACAGAGAAAUUGAUCACAUUUGACCAGAUUCCAAACAAAGCUCUGGACCAUCUCAUUGUUGAUGAUCAUCAUGGUGUUAUUUACUGUUUUGUACCGAAGGUAGCAUGUACCAACUGGAAACGAGUCAUGAUUGUGCUCAGCCAGAACCUGAAGGCACCUGAUGGCGCUCCAUAUCUGGAUCCCCUUGACAUACCAUCAAAUGUAAUUCAUAAUUCAACAUUGCAUAAGACGUUUAACAAGCUUUGGAGACGUUUUGGACGUUACUCACGUCCUUUGAUGCAUCACAAACUGAAGAAUUACACUAAAUUCCUUUUUGUACGGGAUCCUUUUGUACGACUUAUUUCUGCUUUCCGAGACAAGUUUGUUAAGCCAGAUGAGUAUUUCUACAACAUGUAUGGUUCCACAAUGCUUCAGCGUUAUGCAAAUAUUUCAAAACCCCCUGAUUCCGUUCAAGAAGCCUUCGCCGCAGGUAACAGAUUGUCCUUUACACACUUUAUUAAGUACCUGUUAGAUCCACAGACUGAAAAGGAGAAGCCUUUCAAUGAGCAUUGGCAGCAGAUGUACAGACUCUGCCAUCCGUGCCAGAUUGAGUAUGACUUUGUUGGGAAACUGGAAACACUUGAUGAGGAUACAGAACAUUUGUUGAAGAUUCUUGGGCUUGAUAAUUAUAUUCACUUUCCCCCAGGGCAUGAGAAUAGGACAGCAGUAGACUGGGAGCGAGACUGGUUCGCUAACAUUUCAGUAGCUGACAGGAGAAAACUGUACCAUCUUUAUGAAACAGACUUUAGAUUAUUUGAAUAUGACAAACCUGAGACACUUCUGCAUGAGUGAAUAAAUACUGUCUACUUACUAUGUAAUUCUCUGUAUGUCUGCACUGUCUGUACUUUCUUCUGCACUGGAAACUCCUGUCGCCAAGUCAAAUUCCUUGGUAAUAAAGCUCCUUCUGAUUCUGAUUCUGAAAAACAGUAUCACUGAUUGCUCUAUCUGCUUCUGGAUUACCUCUAGCAAUGCAAAAAUACCUCUAACCACAUGCAAAAAUACUGCACGUGUAUGUGUGUGUGUUUAUUAAGUUGGUUCAAUCUUAAUAUAAUUUUGGACACACUC